AUGACUUUGAUUAUUACUAUUUUUAUUUGUCUUUUAAUUUUAAAAAGUUUUGAUUUAAUCAAAGCAGAUUCUGUAACUUGUGAAACCCACAUUCCCACUCCAACAUUUACGGAAGAAAAUGGAAUUGAUACAAAAUUGCCUAGGAGAAGAGCGACAGGACUUGGCUAUUGGGAUUUUUACACUCAAAUACCCGAAAGAAGUUGUGUUGGGAGAAGAGCGACAGGACUUGGCUAUUGGGAUUUUUACACUCAAAUACCCGAAAGAAGUUGUGUUGGUCAUUUUGGCCUACAUGCAGGCGAAAAUAUUGCUGGGUCUGUUACUGUAAAAGAUAAAAGGUGUUUUGACCGUUUGGUUAUGCAAAUUGAACGAAAAUCGACCACCGAAAAAUUUGAUGUUUUUCAAUGCAGAAAAUGUAUUUUUAAUUCUUGUUGGUUAGGAAAUAGAAUUUUACACGAACAGAGGACUUACCUGACAAAUUUACGGUCUUAUUAA